CCCAAAGAGAGAGAGAUACCAUCAUCCAAGGUCUGCAGUCAUUUGCAGAGUCCACCUGCAUCCGCUUCACCAGUAGGAGUCGUCAGAGGGACUUUGUGGACAUCCAGUCUCGCUCAGGGUGUUACUCCUUUGUGGGGCGUCGUGGUAGUGGUCAAGUGGUGUCUUUGAGUCGCCAGGGCUGUGUUUUCCCUCAGAUCAUCCAACACGAGCUGCUCCACGCCCUGGGCUUCAACCAUGAACAGACGCGGUCCGACAGGGACGAGCACGUUCGCAUCUUGCUGCAGAACGUCAUUCCUGGAAUGGAGCACAAUUUCAGGAAAAUCCAAACAAGGAACCUUGGCACUCCCUAUGACUACAAUUCCGUCAUGCACUAUGGAAGGUUCGCCUUCUCCAGUAACAGGGAGCCAACCAUCAUUCCCAUCCCCGACGGGAACGUAGCCAUUGGCAGGGCCACCCAGAUGAGUCCUAUUGACAUCCUUCGGGUGAACCGCCUUUAUGGCUGCAAUACCACUGCUCCCAGACCUGACCUGGAACCUGGGCAAAGGGACCAUUUCCUCUAGAAAUUAAAGAACAGGAAAUCAGGAGGAGAUUUGGCAGACUGAUGCAACUUCUUAAUCUCCAACCCAAACCAGAAAUGCAUCUUGUGCUAAUGAAUGUGCUUCAAUGAAAUCCCAAAUUUGAUUAAAUUACCUUUUCUGCUGUCCUGAUGAGAAUUAAAAAGUGACAUCAUCACAAAUGUACACAUAUAUAACUGCUUGUGAGCUUGAUUGAAUACUCAUAAUGAAUAAAAUGUAUA